UCAAUAGCAAGAAAAAGAAGACUUAGGAAGUCUGUAUAUGAUAAUUGCUUGGAAUAAGAGUCGCUCUGUGUCUUUUACUGCAGUGACAGAGAGGAGGGGGGUGUUUGUGUCUCAUGUGUGCGUCUCCACAAACACUGAUCUGAUGUGUUCUUCUUCUUCCAUGCUGUUCCUGAUCAACCUGGUAUCACAGACUGAAUCGUGGAUCGUCCCUCCAGUGAUGCUGAAUUUCUUUAUUUCGAGGAUUUUGAAGUGUUUGGUUCACUGCAAAGAAAGCUCUGGGUGUGAGAUAGAGAGAAAGAUCAGGAGGUCUCAGUGAAGAAUGCAAUCAGUUUGUGAAACUCAUCAGAUUCUGGUGGAGGUAGGAGACAACAUCCGAACUGCAGAUGUUACAUUUGGACGUGGGUUUUGAGUUGAGAUGUCUUCUGAGAUGAUUUUACCAAAUUAACAGCUGUGAGAAAGGGUCUCUGGAUUCUCUGUGCUGCUCGUCAGUCAGGUUCUAUUCUGUUUAUAUUCUGUUUUUAUUAUGGUUUUAUUUAGGUUUUUUUUUGUUUUAUUACGGUUUAUUCUGGUUUUGUUUGUUUUAUUCUGGUUUUAUUAGUUUUUUCUACUUUUAUUUUGUUUUUAUUCUGGUUUUAUUGUAUUUUUUGUUCUUUUCAUUCUAGCUUUAUUUAGUUUUAUUCAAGUUUUACUGUAUUUUUAAUUAAUUUUAUUCUGGUUUUAUUAUAUUUUUAUUUUCGUUUUAUUCUGAUUUUAUUCUGUUUUUUCUGGUUUGUUCUGGUUUUAUUUAGAUUUUUUUUGUCAUUUCAUUCUGUUUUUAUGUGGUUUUCCUUAGAUAAUUCUGUUUUUAUUUGGUUUAUUCUGGUUUUAGUGUGGCUGUACAGUGGCCUAGUGGUUAGCACUUUCGCCUUGCAGUCAAGAAGAUGAUUUUCUCUGGGUACAGGUUUUCUCCCACAGUCCAAAAAUAUGCUGAGGUUAAUUGAUUACUCUAAAUUGCCCGUAGGUGAGAAUGUGAGUGUGAUUGUUUGUCUGUAUAUGUAGCUCUGCGACAGACUGGUGACCUGUCCAGGGUGUCCCUUGCCUUCGCCCGAGUCAGCUGGGAUAGACUCCAGCACCUCCGCUACCCUAGUGAGGAUAAAGCGGUGUAUAGAGGAUGGAUGGAUGGAUUUAACGUCAUCCAUACAAGUACGAACGUGGUGCGCUGUGACGCAGGACGUGGCUUCGUCACCCAGGAAACUUCCUGGGUUAAUCGGUGAUGAAUCCUUAUUCGUCAGCGGCGCGACGUAUAAAAAGUCCAAAAAACUGCAAAUGGAAGCUAAAGACAAAUCUACACAGUUGACCGGCAGACAGACAGACAGACCCGCAGACAGACGUCCUCCCUGACAUACAUGGACCUCCGCACAGUCGCCCUACUACACUGCUUCCUGUUUGCAGUCCUGGUCCAAUCAGCUCCCAUCAGCUCACCGAAUGACCUCACACCAGCGUUCAAAGAGGCGGCCAAGCGGGCAAAAACGCUGGUAGAGAAAAUCCUGAGAGACAUCCCCACCGUGCACGGCAACACCGUCAACACUGAGGGCUUGAGCCUCGACUCGUCCAGCCAGAACACGAACCUGCACAUGAUGGUGACUUCACUGGGAAUCCCUGCCUCUCCCGUCCUCAAACCGCUGUCCGAACACUUCACUGUGGACAUGUAUGUUAGUCGGAUGUCGGCAGGCAGCCAACUGUACCAGGGGCUGCUGGGAGUUCUGUCUGACAAACUGAGUGGACUGAAUGAUCUGAGAGCCGACUUGAGAGACCUACUGACGCACAUCACCAAGAUGAAGGAGGCGGCUCAGCUCGAUGGUAACAUUUCCGAUCAGAACCAGGUCCCGGACUUGGCCUCUCGUCUCAAUGGAAACUACGAGGUGCAGGUAGCGAUCCAUGUGACACUGACGCAGCUGCAGUCCUUCUGUCAGGACCUGAUUCGCACCCUGAGAGCUGCAGGUGUGCGGUAAGCCCCGCCCACUACGGACACUGCCACAAUGCACCAGGCGUGAACUAACCGUGACGUCACCCGUUGGUUUCAACGCCGCGAAAAUGAAGCCCGGAUUUUGCCACUUCCUGGUCGCGUUUUGGAUUUUUUGGAGCCAGUGACGUAAAAAGCGUCAUCAAACAGACUGGACCGGAGAGCAACUAGGGGCAGGAUUGGCUGAGGACUCUCUUAUCCCGCCCACAUUUUACCGCACAGGCUUCUGUUGCUGUCUAUCAAGUAUAGCCACGCCCCCUGGCUCCGCCAACUUUAAUGAUUUAUUUAAAAUUCAGUAUUGAUUUAUUUUAAGAUCGGCCACCUGAUCUCUCAUUUUGACCAUGAAAACUAACGGGGAAAAAAUCCUGAGCUGUAGAACAUCAGUCUAUCAAAUUUUAUUUUUUCCAAAAAUGAAUUGGGGUCUAUGGAGCAAAAGCUUUUUGGAGCCAGCCCUAGCGGACGGUGUGAUAUUGUGAGUUUUUGACACUUCCGGGUGGGCUUCAAUUCUGGAGCCAGAUGCUACGUCCGCUAUAUAUACAGUCUAUGCAAUGCACUUGAGGACACACAGGAGAGUCGGUGCACUGUGGACAAGUUACUGACGAGUUUCUCUGCUGAGGCCUAAACACAAACAUUGUAUGAGGCUGCAGGAAAACUCUCAGUUCUUGCAUCCUAUAGAUCUCAAAGUACAAGCGAUUGUUUUUAUAUAAUUAGGCAUAGAACACACUAGAAUCUACUGGGCCGUCCAGCAGUGGAUAUCCAGAGACUGAACUGCUGUGGGAUCAUUUUGAGAACAACCUCUGAGGUCUGAGUGGCGGCAUGUCAACAGAGCAACCAUCAGGAACGUGAACACAGAAAGAGCUGAUUGUGUAAGUGGAGGUUCUGCAGGUCUGAACCUGCCGACUCACCUGAAAUCCUCCUGCAGCUGCAGAAAUUGUUAUGGUACGGUGGAAGAAGGGGGGAAUGAAGCGUACACGGAGGGCUAGCAGAGACGGGUUGGAAUUUAAACAGGUUUAUUUAUAAAACCAGAACUGCACAAAUUAAAGUGAAACUCGCUAAGGAAGGGACUUGGUAGGCAGGAUCCCAGGGGCCGGCAGUCAGGGAAGCACACGUCUGCCGGUCCCUGACCUGUUAGUGUCGGAGGAGGUCAGAUCCACACAUUUACGAUCCAGCUGCUGAUCUUUGAUUCAGAAUUAUCCUCACAGUUUCUUAGUGCCUCCUGAAGACUCAGUUUAAACUCCAACUGGCUUUUUGUCAGAGAAUCAAACAGAACAACAGGUGUGUUGUGCACAUUUCAAUCCAAACUGUGGAAAUCACCGUCACAAAAUAAUCUGCAAUCAUUUUAAAAUAUGUUUCAACAACAACUAAACAUUUUCAGUGUUUUCUGAAUCACUUUAGCCCAAAAAUGGAAAAUAACUUAAUAGGUUCAUCUGUAAGCUUUAAACGGAUAUCAAGAUGGACUUUAAAAUUACUCAUAAAUGUUUGUGAAAAUAGUCAAUAAUGAAACUGUGAUCACAAAUAUGAAAAGGUUGAGUUUAAUAAGAGGACAAAGCUGAUCAAUAAUCAAUCAAUAAUGACAGUAUAGUCAAUCAGAGUUCCUGCUGUUCUGCUACUGUAGUGUGUUUACAUGAAAUUACCUGUAGGUUACUUAUGAUGCUUUUAUUUAUUGAUGAUAUUUAUUGAUGUUUUAUUUAUUUGUUGUUUGUUUAUCAACCUGUGUUUAUUUAUAUGGACUUUUAGGUCCAACAGGGAGAAAGUUACCGUACAAAGUAAAACGUUUGUCUUAAGUUGAGAGUCAUGUUUGCAGAUCAACUGCUGUUUCAAAAGAAUGUUCUAUUUAUGUGUUUGUAUUUUAGAAUAAAAUGUUAUUUAUCAGUAUUUAUUUAAAAAUAAACGAUAAUAAUGUUUUUAUAUUAAAAAACAAAUGUAUUUGAAUUUCAAAAUAGAAUAUUUGUUUCUAUAUUUAAGGAAAAAUACUAUUUAUUUUAAGAUUUCAAAAGAGAAUAUUUAAAUCUUUGUUUUAUAAUAAACUACUAAUUGUGUGCACAUGUUUCAGAAUAAAAGAUUAUUUAUGUCUGUCUGUUUCUAUAUUUGAUGUUUUUAUGUCAGAAUAAAAUGAGGGGUUUGGAAACAGAGUGGUCUGUCCCACUUUCUCUCAUUUUUAAGAAAAAUGGAUUCAAAGUUUUAUGUUUUCAAGAACGGUCGAACAUUGGAAGCGGCACUGCAAUGCUAUAUUUGAGCUGUGGGUUCGACCACUUUGCCACUAAACUCUCGACCAUAAAAUAUUACAGAAAUUAUAUAAAACUCAGUUUGGCUUUUUUCGUGGGUUUAGACCAUUUUGCUUCUACCUCCGUCAAAUGUUGAAUGUGUUUAUAUUUCAAAACUGAAUAUAUUUUGUCUUUGUAUUUCAGAAUGAAACUUGAUUUUGUGUACAUAUUGAAGAAUAUAAUGAUAUUUUGUGAUGUUUUAAAAUAAAGCCAUAUUUUUCUUUUAUAUUUUAGAAAAAAAACAGUAUCUGAAACCUUUCAGAUGUCCGUGGAUAUCUAAAAGCUGUGUAGAGACUUCACUGUCAUUGCCAGUGACCAUUAUUACCAUUAAAACAUCUGUAACUUUGAGACUCUCAAUGUCCUGAAACACCUGCACACUCCGUCUUUUAAGAACCUCGAAGCAUCACCAACAGCCUUCAAGAACUCUGACUACCUUUUGAAACUCAACAUUCAAACUCCUUCUGCUUAACGUUUCCUGCUUAAGUGUAAAUGUGAAAUUAAAACGUUGAACAAAUGA